AUGCAGCAAGAAGUGGAAAAGCCAUCCCGGGGGCCCCAAUCCCAGUUCCAACAGGGCCACCAAAUCCCCGUUGAGCAUCACAAAAAGCCCGGCCUACAGGCUGAUAUGGAGGAUCCAAAGCCCACAUCAAGCAAAGUUCCAACUGAAGAUGGCGGAUACCAGACUUACAAAGCGGCCGGCAAGCUUUCAGGGAAGAAAGCAAUCAUCACUGGUGGCGAUUCAGGAAUUGGCCGAGCUGUCGCCAUCCUUUUUGCCAUGGAAGGAGCGUCUAGCCUUAUCACGUACCUUCCAGUUGAGGAAAAGGAUGCGCAAGAGACCAAGCGACAAGUUGAAGAAGCCGGACAGGCUUGUUAUUGCUUGGCAGUUGACCUCCGCGAUAGAAAAGCUUGCCAAAAGGUGGUUGAAAAAGCCGUUGAGACAUUGGGCGGCAUUGACAUACUUGUUAAUAAUGCGGGGACCCAAACAAUGAUCGAUGAUAUUAGUGACCUGGAAGAGUCUCAAUGGGAAAGCACAUUUGAUACUAACAUCCAUCCUAUCUUCUAUUUAUCAAAGUAUGCAUUGCCUCAUCUGAAGAGCGGCUCAACGAUAAUCAACUGUGCUUCCGUCAAUCCCUACAUUGGUCGACCCGAUUUGCUGGACUACACUUCAACGAAGGGGGCAAUUGUUGCUUUCACCAGAGGAUUAUCCAACCAGCAGGUCAAGAAUGGGAUCCGGGUAAACUGUGUGUGCCCUGGGCCAAUUUGGACUCCUCUGAUCCCGGCCACCAUGUCUACGUCCGCAAAAGAACAGUUCAGCGGCACACCAAUGGGUCGUCCGGGACAACCUAGUGAAGUCGCAACUUGUUUCGUCUUCCUUGCAAGCCAAGACAGUAGCUUCAUCUCCGGCCAAUGUUUGCAUCCAAACGGAGGAGUUGUGGUUAAUGGUUAA